UGCGGCGAGCGUGCUCUCGGUGCUGGUUAAUGUUGCUGGGGUAGAGGGCGUUGAGCAGCACCCAGUUUAGCUAGGUGUGAGGAUAGUUUCUGUGCGCGCGAUGGUUGGAUGGCUUUGUUGCGGUGCUUUGGGUAAUGAAGAACUAACCCUUGGCAAUAUUGUCGAUGUAUUGGGUUUGCUCGCGCUCAGUCAUAUUGGCGGCCUGCUUGUGGUAUGCCUUCACCGCGGCGACUCCCUUCGCGUACUGCGGAUGUUGCGUCGCUUUGCCAGCAGUGCGGCCGUGCUUUUGAAUGAGGUAUUGUUUGACGAGGGCCACCUCGAGGGGCAACGGUGGGAUGUUCACCUGGACAUCGCGAGUAAACCCGGCCAUCUUGUCGGUCGAUGAGCAAAUUCGCGAGGUAAGGUCCAAUCACUCGUUUGAUUGACUGCUCAACCCGGUUGUCGAUCAUCUCGG